UAGCCUCACCUCCCAAGGUCUUGGUGAUGACGCAAAUAAUAUCAGUAAUCUUAGCGUAGCCUCCAGCCUAGUCUCUCGAAUGAACACGACUGGGCGCGAUGAUGACAAUUGGCAGAGCCCAUGAGUUUCCAUAUAUAGCACAAAUGCCACCAAGUAACAGGGUUGAAGAACUGCAGCUCUGCGAAAGCAUUGGACCACACCAAAUCAGUCAAUGGCCGACUGUGUCCAUUUAGACAAAGAAGAAAUAAACUCCUUCCUCGAUUGCGUAGACAAAAACAACGAUGGCUUAUCCAAUACAGCGAACCCAACCGCACAAUCAACAUCACGACACCAAAGAGGACGAGGCGCGACACCCCUUUCUGCGAUCCAUCAUCGGCAAUGGCGACGAUAAGCGCUGUAUCCCGCGGGCCGAGUUCGCGGAGCGGGUUAAAGCGUGGAAGAUCCCCUUCCUGAAGCAGGAUUUUGAAGAAGAGGAGAAUGCAAAGAACUAUAUCAAGUCGUUAAGCGUGUGGAGGCGAAUGAGGGCUUACUGGGCGGUAUACGAGCCGGAGAUUUUGUUCAUGGGAAUUGUUAUGGUGAAGACUUGUGCGGGGGCGCUGUAUCCGACGAUGUUCUUUUUGGUUUUGACCCUCCUCUUCGCCACCCUGCAUGCCAUCGGCCGCCUAACGGGCUCCUUCUACUGGGACAGCCAGCCCAUCAACCAAGAGCCCGUAGCCGCCGUCCUGGGCCUCACGGGGCUGAUUGCUCUUGGUCUGUUCUAUUUAUCGAGUCUCCUCAGCGUGCCCCAGGUACGACAGUGGAACUACGAGGUUUUUCAGUUGGGACAUUUACUAAUGUAUCCCAUCAUCGGCCUCCGCUUGGCGCAUGGCACGGCACAGUUUCUGCAGCGGCCUUUGCUGGGUUACUUUCUUGCCUUCCCCACGCUUCUCGUUCUAGUUGAGCGAGUCGUGCGCGUAGCGAUGGGCUUUCACCGUAUCCCUGCUGCCCUGCGCGUGCUGGAUAUCGAGGCGGUUGAGAUCAAAGCCACCGUCCCCAGUGAGCGCGUAUUGAAGUACGAAGCUGGGCAGUACGUCUUUUUGCAAGUGCCUAAGUUAAGCUUGUUUCAGUGGCAUCCCUUACCGUGUCCUCAUAGGAACUGGACAUCAAAGCUGAGGUUCCUGGGUAUUAAUGGACCCUUUGGCGCCCCUGCGCAGCGUUUCAACGACUUUUCGCAUGCCAUUGUUGUUGGCACUGGGAUUGGCGUCACCCCCUUUCCCGGUAUCCUCGCGGAUUUGCAGGCGCGGGAUAACAGGGCCCAUGGUGGUCCAGGGACUGUCGGCUUCGGGUGCGCCUCGGAGUUGGACAUGCCCGUGAAGACGGAAAUCGGGCAGGUGGCAGUCGGGACCGUUGAAACCCCUGGUUUCCAAUCAGAACCCCAGUCGCAAUCAAACACCACCUCCGCCUCAUCUCCCACACCCGAACGCACCUUCGCCCCAGGCUACCGCAGCGUCGAUUUCCACUGGAUGGUCCGCGACCGCAACCCCCUUCUCUGCAUCAGGCUUCAUACCUACGUCACGCAGAAGCGCAAGGGUAUCGCUACGCACGUCUACUGCUGGCUGCUCGAAACGCACCGCACCCAUGCGCACCCUGCAUCGCCCCUGACGGGGUUACUUAACCCGAUGCGCUUUGGGAGAUCAGACUUUGUGCGGAUCCUUGAUGUAUACUAUGGGGAGAUGAAAAAGUUUCGAGCUAGUCGACAGGGAGUGAGUGAUAAGAAUUCAGAAGCACCAGGCGACCAUGACAGUCUCGAGGUUGGGGUGUUUUUUUGCGGGAUGCCAUUGAUAGGUGAGAUCUUGGCAGAUCGGUGUCGGUUAUUGACAGAUAGGGGACGGGCUGAAGGAACAUGUGUUUAAUAUCAUUUCAUGAUGGAGGUGUUUGGGUAGGGAC